UCAUUUGAUUCGUCACCGGCGCUGACCCACAGCGUCCACCAGAGGGCAGUGUCUGCCCACAACUGGACUCCUGCCGCAAAAAGUUGGCCGCACAAGCAUCCCUGCUGUGACAUUGUUUCAUAUCCGUGAACGCUGGACUCAGCAAAGUGCGCGUGGCUCCCUGCUGUGCGGCAGGACGCGUUUUAUGGGCACGGGGUCCGCCCCGAGCCGGUCCCAGCGGCUCCAGCAGGAGGGGCUGGCGGCGCAGCAGCCUCCGAGUCCCCGCCCGCUCGCGCGCACUUGACAUCUCUCUCACCUGCAGCCGCGCCGCUCCUCCUCACUCCGCUCCAGCCUCCUCAGCAGACAGCCGUCGAGCCCCAAGCCACGACCGAGGUGCUUCACGACGCGCUCAAAGAUGCUGGCGUGCACGGAGAUGAUCACUAUGUGCCUGCAGUCGGCCAAGCAGAAGCAUCUGCGGGCUCAGCAGCAGCAGCAGCAGCAGCAGCAGCUGCUGCACAGCGCCGGACAAGGGCUCACUAUCUUUCAUGAUAUUUUCCGCCGCGCGGACAAAAACGAUGACGGCAAGCUGUCGUUCGACGAGUUCAACGCGUACUUCGCCGACGGGAUCCUGAGCACCGAGGAGCUGCAGGAGCUCUUCUUCUCCAUAGACGGCCGACAGAACAAUAAUCUGGACACCGACAAGCUGUCAGAUUAUUUCUCUCAGCACCUGGGGGCAUAUCUGAACGUCCUAUCAGCUCUGGAGAGCCUCAACGUGGCCAUUUUAAAAGCGAUGGAUAAAACCAAAGAGGAGUACCAGGGCUCCAGUGUGCUGGGCCAGUUCGUCACCAGGUUCAUGCUGAGGGAGACGUCCAGUCAGCUGCAGUCUCUGCAGAGGUCGCUGCAGUGCGCCAUGGAGGCCGUGGAGGAGCAGAGCGGCCCCGACCCGAGGGAGGUGAAGGAACCCGAGCUGACAGCGCUACAGAGGAAUGGCAGGCGCUGCGGUCGCAGGAUCCAUAACAACUUGUGCAUGUCUCCAUCAGAUCCCUGCUCCGGCGUCCUGACCAACGGUGUGAGUCCGCAGGACGGCGAGACCUGGUGCUCCCAAAUCAACCGUCUGCAGCUGCUGCUGGACAAACUGGAGUGCGAGGGACCCAAGCUGGAGCCGCUGAAGGAGGACACGCUGGCCAGCACAUACAAGUCUAACAUCCUGCUCGUGCAGCGGCAGAUGUCGGUGACCGACGAGAGCCUGGACAACUUCCGGAAGGUGCUGCGGAGCUACACGGACGCCACCUCGGCGCAGGCCGACAACCUGCACGUGUCCGUUCAGAAGCUCCCAGGAAAGUCGUGUUACAUAAUGUAUGAGUUCUGGCAGGACCGCAUCUCCUGGAUGAGCUACCUGCAGUCAAACGGCAGCAAAGACUUCCAGCGCUGCGUCAUUGACAUGUUGGAGGACGCCGAGGUGGUUUCUACCAUGCUGAUCCCAGCUUCCUGGUGGAUUAUGAGUAACAACUAACGGCCAGGUCCAACACACGGGCAAAGACACACACACACACACACACACACACACACACACACACGCUUCUACUGUAUGUGUUUGGGAGCGACGGGGGACGGGAUCUGUGGCGUCAUCCAGCAUCGUCUUCAACCUUCCUCUGUGUGUGACUGCUCGUUAUUGUGCCGCUUGCGAGGGUUCGCUGCGCCCUACAGCCGCUCUAUCGUCCCAGAGCGCCCGAGUCGCUGCCAUGCAACAGCCUGGUUGUUCUCAAAGUGUGUGUGUGUUGUUUCCACGUAUUUGACAUCCCGGUGACGGACGACGAGCGAAGCCGCGGACUGUGCGGGCGGCGACUGGAGCAAACGCAGAUGGAGGAACGUGACUAUGAGUCGUCACGCGCUGUGAGGUCACCGAGGGGUCACUGCAGCCUGGACAUGCAUGCAUUUGAACGCACCCUGUAUAUAGGCUGUAUGAUACUGCAGCACUGCUUUCUCUGUAGAUUACUGUGAUGUGCACAGAAUGCCGACCAAGCUCUUAUUGCAGAAACAUCUGUCUGUGGCGUGAUAUUCAGUGGCCAGUUAUUUCCCAUUUCUCUGCCUCAAACUUUAAAAGUGCGCACGCCAUCGUACCACUGCUCCGAGUGUGAGAGGAGAGAGAGAAGUUAUAUAUAUAUUAAAUGUGAUCAUGUAUUUAUUUUGCUCCUGGUACUUUAUGCUUCUGUACAUAUGGAUCUGUUGUGCUUUGUUUGGGCAAUGACCAAUAAUUGAAAACAAACUGACAAGCAGCUUUAAUAAAAAGGUUUAAGCUUGA